UAAAUGCACCAAAAACUUGAUCAGUCGGGAAAUGAAACGUUCAAUAAAGGCGUUCUGAUGAAUGCUGGUGUUAAGGAAGCCUUAAAAGACAACGAUUAUCAUUGUUUCAUCUUUCACGAUGUUGACCUGAUUCCUGAAGAUGAUCGUAAUCUUUACUCUUGUCCAUCCGAACCUCGACACAUGUCUGUAGCCGUCGAUAAAUUCAACUACACACUUCCCUAUUCAUAUCUGGUUGGAGGUGUUUUUGCCAUAACCAAAGCCCAUUUUGUUCUGGUAAACGGUUACUCUAAUCUUUACUGGGGCUGGGGAGGUGAAGAUGAUGAUAUGGCUUACAGUUUAUCGGUUCGAUUGAAACAAUUUACCAGACAAUUGAUUCAAAGAGAGAGAAAAAUUUAAAAUUCAAACUCAAAG